AUGCCAGGAUUUCCGCCUGUGGAGGAUGGACUGCAGUAUCAGCCAAACUCGUCUGAUGAAGACGGAUCGGAUUGCCAGUCAAGCUCAUCUGAGGAAGACUGGCCGGAGCACCAGCCAGCCACAUCUGAGGAUGAUGAUUCGGAGUAUCACCCAAGCCUAUCUGAGGAAGAUGAAUCGGACGAUGAGCGUCAUCGACCACGCAAAACCAUCCACAUUCACCAAGCAUCUGUCACCUUAAACGACGAUCAUCUGGGAGCCAACACAGACCUCGAGGUGGGAACUGUCAUCAGCAAAGGAGAAACCUUGGAGCUUCUUGAUGGCAGCUUCCUGAGGAUCACGGAGCUCGGAUUCGGAAGAGCCGAGAACAGUCCUUCUGUGGUAUUCAAGGGCCAUCUCUUUAGACCUAUCGAAGAAUUCGAGGACUACUUGCCUAUGAGAUUUGGUGGCAGCGAACUAGUCUGGGUUUGCGCAGCAGGAGAGCAUGAUUCCCCGCCAGAAGGGUACCUGAGGUCCGGCAACAGCAAAGAUGUGCUCCGCAUCCGACAUCUAGACCUCUCCAACUCAGAGUCUGCUUCCGAAUCGUUCCUCCAAACUCGAGUCAUGGGAAUGUUCAUAGAUCCAAGGCCUCUAGUUUGUCAAUGGAAAUUAGUGGCUCAGCUCUCAAAGUCGGAUGCUAAGCAACCAGAAAGAAGCUUCAAAUCAAUUAUGGAUAGAAGCCGAAAGCAGCCGAAAGCCUUCAUAGCGCUGUCUAGCCAGGAGCCCUUUCUUGGAGGAACCACAUCCGCUGAUUGCUCCACUUCUCAGCACCAGCUUGACAGUGAUCCGCUGAGAGAAAGCUCAGAUGGCGGUCGACGUCGACCCAAAAAGUUUGGGCGUGCCACAAGCAGGAACCUCGGUAAAGAACGUUGCAGAGAUGCAGGAGGUAGAUACAUAUUGGCCCCGAACACCAACGGCAACAGGAUUGCGAAAGCCACGCGCAACCCUGCUAUACACAAGUAUUCAUAUCAUCUUGGCAUGAGCUUGGCUCAUGCGCUCAAUAUAUCAUCGGCUCAACGAUCAGUAUCGGAGCAAGACAUUGGACUGCGAGCUUACACGUUUGCAGACGCAUUCUGCGGUGCUGGAGGUAUGUCCAUCGGGGCAAGAGACGCCGGGCUCCGUAUCGAAUGGGCUUUCGACAAAGACAGAGACGCCAUCAAUACGUACUCUCUGAAUCAUGGUAACGGAACAUGUAAGAAAAUGUCAGCUGAGAGUUUUCUCGAAUCUGAAAAUGCAUACGGAACAUCAAAAGUAGACAUUCUUCACCUUUCGCCACCAUGCCAAGGUUUCACUCUGGCUUGUAGGGGUUCUCCAAGGAAUGGAGAAAGAGAUAACGAAUGCAUGACUUACGUUGGCAAGAUUGUGGGAAAAGUGGGGCCAAGGAUCGUGACCUUCGAGCAAGUGGGAGCAGUUCUCAGCAAACAUCGGGAAUUUUUCACAACAAUGGUGCACGACUUGACCUCCAUCGGCUACAACGUCAGCUGGAGAAUAAUCCAAUGCGUGGAUUUCGGCCUGCCUCAAAGGCGGAAACGCCUUUUCAUGAUAGCUUCGUGCCGAGGAGAACCACUCCCUGAAUUCCCCGAACCCACACAUUCGCACCGCGCUUACUGCGACGGAUCGCGCUCCCAGCCUUGGAACACCUUUGCAGGUGCUAUCGAAGACCUCGAAGACAGCGCCCCAAAUCAUGUUCAGCAAAAUCCCAGGAGGGUACGCCCCAUCGAGAACUGGGCACCACCUCACCCGCCAGAUUGGCCUUGUCAUGACACGAUCACAAGCGGUGAGAACUGGCCGGACCACUACAACGGCAAGUACGUGUGCACGGUAAGGGAAGCGGCCUGCCUGCAAGGGUUCCCUGCCGAUUACAAGUUCUGUGGUAAGUUGCCGGCUACCAAGAAGCAAGUGGUCAAUGCAGUACCGCCACCCGUUGCGAAAGCCAUCCUGGAAGAGGUCCAGAGAUCGCUGGCGAGAACGGAUGCGUCGAGGAGGUCCUGA